AUGGCAGCCGCCACUCGUCCCCUUGUCUCCGUCCAAACCCUUCCCACCAUGAACGACAUGGACACCGAUUCCCCGACCACUGUUCCCCUGCCCGACGUUAUGAGGGCCUCUAUUAGACCCGACGUCGUCAACUUUGUUCACUCCGGCAUGUCGAAGAACAGCCUCCAACCCUAUGCCGUGUCCAAGAAGGCCGGCCACCAGACCUCCACCGAGGGUGUCGAGAAGACAUCCACCGCUAUCAAGCUACUCAAGGAGAUUGAAGCUUAUGCUGAUGCGGAGAAGGCCAAGGAUAGCGUUGGGAUUCGUCCCGAGAAAGGGAAGACGAGGAAUAGGAGGUAUAUUUCUAGCAAGGGACCUUUGGUUGUGCACGGAACUGAAGGCGCUAAGCUGGUGAAGACAUUCCGCAACAUCCCUAGGGUGGAGGGGGCCAAUGUCGACCGUUUGAAUCUUCUUAAGCUAGACCUUGGUGGCCACUUAGGUCGAUUUGUGAUCUGGACCAGGUCUGCUUUUGAGAAGCUUAACUCCAUCUACGGCUCCUUUGACAAGGCUGCUGAGAAGAAGAACGGGUAUGUGCUCCCUAGAGCUAAGAUGGCGAAUGCUGAUUUGGCUAGGAUUAUCAACUCUGACGAGGUUCAGUCUGUGGUGAAGACCAUCAAGAAGGAAGUGAAGCGAGCUCCAUUGAAGAAGAAUCCUCCGAAGAACUUGAAAGCGAUGGCGAUGCAAUCAAUUGGAAGGUAA